ACAUGGGCCGGCGGCCGGCGGCGGAGGGUGGCUGAGGACGCCGAGGGUCCGCGCCGUGGCCUCGCGUCCUUGCGGGCCCGCCAGGCGCUGCGCCCGCUCGUGGCGAGGACCCGGCCGGUGCACGGCAGACACCCGGCCCCGCGGCAGCCCGGCGGGCGGCGCUGCCCGGGGCGAUGCGCUGAGCGCGCCCGGGGCGGAGCGCUGGGGCGAAGGCGGCGCGGGGAGCGGAGCCCAUGGAGCCGGCGGGCACCAGGCGGAGCCGCCGGGCGCCGUCGCUGCUGCUGCUGCUGCUGCCGCCGCUGCUCCUGCAGGUGGCGGGGCCGGCGGGCGCCCUGGCCGAGACCCUGCUGGACGCACCGCAGGCCAUGGGCACCAGUUCCAGCCCGCCCAGCCCCGCGAGCGUGGUGGCGCCCGGAACGACACCGUUCGAGGAAAGCCGACUGCCAGUGUUCACCCUGGACUACCCUCACGUGCAGAUACCCUUCGAGAUCACUCUGUGGAUCCUGCUGGCCUCCCUGGCCAAGAUCGGCUUCCAUCUGUAUCACAAGUUGCCCACCAUAGUCCCUGAGAGCUGCCUUCUCAUCAUGGUUGGCCUGCUGCUUGGGGGGAUUAUUUUUGGGGUGGAUGAGAAGUCCCCCCCGGCCAUGAAGACAGAUGUGUUCUUCCUGUACCUCCUCCCCCCCAUCGUGCUGGAUGCAGGCUAUUUCAUGCCUACCCGCCCGUUCUUUGAAAACAUUGGCACCAUCUUCUGGUACGCCGUGGUGGGGACGCUCUGGAAUUCCAUCGGCAUCGGGGUGUCUCUGUUCGGGAUCUGCCAGAUUGAAGCCUUUGGCCUGAGCGACAUCACUUUGCUGGAGAAUCUGCUCUUCGGCAGCUUAAUCUCCGCAGUGGACCCCGUGGCCGUGCUCGCCGUCUUCGAGAACAUCCACGUCAAUGAGCAGCUCUACAUCCUGGUCUUUGGGGAGUCCCUGCUGAACGACGCCGUGACAGUGGUCCUGUACAACCUGUUCAAGUCUUUCUGCCAGAUGAAAACCAUUGAGACAAUUGACGUGUUUGCUGGGAUCACCAACUUCUUUGUCGUGGGCAUCGGCGGAGUGAUGAUCGGCAUCUUCCUGGGCUUCAUAGCGGCGUUUACCACUCGCUUCACACACAAUGUCCGCGUGAUCGAGCCGCUCUUCGUCUUUCUGUACAGCUACUUGUCCUACAUCACAGCUGAGAUGUUCCACCUGUCGGGAAUCAUGGCAAUCACUGCUUGUGCAAUGACCAUGAAUAAAUAUGUGGAAGAAAAUGUGUCCCAGAAAUCCUACACCACCAUCAAGUAUUUCAUGAAGAUGCUGAGCAGCGUCAGCGAGACCCUGAUCUUCAUCUUCAUGGGCGUGUCCACCGUGGGAAAGAACCAUGAGUGGCACUGGGCCUUCGUCUGCUUCACCCUGGCCUUCUGCUUGAUUUGGAGGGCACUGGGUGUGUUUGUCCUGACUCAGGUCAUUAACUGGUUCCGGACGAUUCCCCUGACCUUCAAGGACCAGUUCAUCAUUGCCUACGGCGGGCUCCGCGGGGCCAUCUGCUUUGCACUGGUCUUUCUCCUCCCCUCCUCCGUGUUUCCCCGGAAAAAGCUGUUCAUCACGGCAGCGAUUGUGGUCAUAUUCUUCACUGUCUUCAUCCUGGGAAUAACUAUCCGACCACUGGUGGAGUUCCUUGAUGUUAAGAGGUCCAAUAAGAAACAGCAAGCCGUCAGUGAGGAAAUCCACUGUCGGUUUUUUGAUCAUGUGAAGACGGGGAUUGAAGAUGUUUGUGGACACUGGGGUCACAACUUUUGGAGAGACAAGUUUAAGAAGUUUGAUGACAAAUACCUGCGGAAGCUUUUGAUUCGGGAGAACCAACCCAAGUCUAGCAUUGUGUCCUUAUAUAAAAAGCUCGAAAUAAAACAUGCCAUUGAGAUGGCAGAGACUGGGAUGAUAAGCACUGUCCCGUCUUUUGCUUCUCUAAAUGACUGUCGUGAGGAAAAAAUAAGGAAGCUCACACCUGGUGAAAUGGAUGAAAUUCGAGAAAUUUUAUCAAGGAAUCUCUAUCAAAUCCGUCAGCGAACUCUGUCCUACAACAGACACAAUCUGACCACGGACACAAAUGAGAGGCAAGCCAAGGAGAUCCUGAUCCGCCGAAGGCACAGUCUGCGGGAAAGCAUUCGCAAGGACAGCAGCUUGAACCGGGAGCACAGGGCUUCUACUACAACCUCCCGAUAUUUAUCCUUACCGAAAAAUACAAAGCUUCCAGAAAAGCUACAAAAGAAAAAGAAUAUUUCUAGCGCAGGUGGCAACAGCAGCGACUCAGACCCAGACAUGGGGACCACCGUCCUCAAUCUGCAGCCCCGAGCGCGGCGCUUCUUGCCGGAACAGUUCUCCAAGAAAGCCCCCCAAGCCUAUAAGAUGGAAUGGAAGAACGAGGUGGACGUUGAGUCUGGGCCAGGUCAGCCCCUCACCUCCCUGGCGGCCCACAGCAAGGAGGGGGGCCUCAAGUCCCCAGGCAUGCUCUGCCAGCCCCUCCUCUCCAAAGGCCAGUCUGGCUGCGUGCGCGGGGACAGUGUGAAUGAAGGCGUCCGGCCCAAGCCGCCCCCCAGGCUGGUCCGUAGGGCAUCAGAACCUGGAAACCAGAAAGGUCGACCCGGGAGUGAGAAGCCUUAAUGGAAACGGCCAAAGCGGACCUGGAGGAUCGGCCCCUCCCCGCUGGGGCUUGUUCCUCCGCCAUCAUCACACCACCACCCAAUCCACUUAGAACCGUCCAUUCAUCUAUAGCCUGCCUUUGGAUAGUAUUCACGCCCCUGGUCUGUGCCGCGGCUGCUCAUCCCAAG